CCUGCGCAGGCACCUAAAGUGCGUCAGGCCGGCGCUUUAUAGCGGCAGCCUGGGCGGCUCCGCUUGCUGUUUUUUCUCUUCUUCUGGGCAGUGGCUCCUCCUGCGGUUCGCGAAGAUGCAGCUCAAACCGAUGGAGAUUAACCCCGAGAUGCUGAACAAAGUGCUGUCCCGGCUGGGGGUCGCCGGCCAGUGGCGCUUCGCGGACGUGCUGGGGCUGGAGGAGGAGGCUCUGGGCUCGGUGCCCGCUCCCGCCUGCGCGCUGCUGCUGCUGUUUCCCCUCACGGCCCAGCAUGAGAACUUCAGGAAAAAACAGAUUGAAGAACUGAAGGGACAAGAAGUCAGUCCCAAGGUGUACUUCAUGAAGCAGACCAUCGGGAACUCCUGUGGUACCAUCGGACUGAUACAUGCAGUGGCCAAUAACCAGGACAAACUGGAGUUUGAGGAUGGGUCAGUCCUGAAACAGUUUCUUUCUGAAACGGAGAAGCUGUCCCCGGAAGACAGAGCAAAAUGCUUUGAGAAGAAUGAGGCCAUUCAGGCAGCCCAUGAUGCCGUGGCCCAGGAAGGCCAAUGCCGGGUAGAUGACAAAGUGAAUUUUCAUUUUAUUCUGUUUAACAACGUGGAUGGCCACCUCUAUGAACUUGAUGGACGAAUGCCUUUUCCGGUGAACCAUGGCACCAGCUCAGAGGACUCAUUGCUGCAGGAUGCCGCGAAGGUCUGCAGAGAAUUCACUGAGCGUGAGCAAGGGGAGGUCCGCUUUUCUGCUGUGGCACUCUGCAAGGCAGCCUGAUGCCCUAGGGGAGGGACACAGCUUCCCCCCACCCACCUUCCCUUCAGCGUGAAACCUGUCCCCACAGUGCAGUCUAAAAUGCUUCAGUACUUGUGGAACACAGCUGUUCUCCUUUGGUUCUGCAGAUACGCUCUUACCCUCCACCACACCCAGGCACUAGCAGAGCUCAGCUGUCGAUCGAGCAAAGUUUGAUAGAAGCUUCAGAUGGCGAAGCAUUUUCCCCCAGUGUAUGUAUUGUACCUCAAUAGCUAAUGCUUUAAAUGACUACUUUUGGUUUGUGUCUGUAAGUUCAGGCCUUGGAUGUGGUUUAAUUGUUUGUCCUUAAAAGAAAUAAAACUUUUCUGCUGAUUAA